CGUCGACCUCGUCGGCUCUCCUUUAUUUAUCUCAAUGGCGACGUUACCUAGAAAGCAGCUUCCGCAAUUGCCGAUGAUUUUCGACCUACUACUUGCCUUUAGAGUUUCGACCAAUGGUUCAGACGAGACUAAAUCAUUCGACAGCCGACCAAAUAGUCUUCGGAUAUGAAGACAAAGAGCGGACUAACCUAAGGUGAAGUCCGUUGGUUUGAAAAGUAUAAAUUAUGAGGGUUUCUCAAGUAUCAGUGCUUUCUCAAUCAAUUCAUCAUUGUCGAGCCUUGCAUCCCUAGUUGUUAUCGUCUCGAGACCUCUCAUCAAAUUCAGCAUUACCAUUGCCUACAAGUGCCAUUUAUAUGCAAUCGGUCCGAGAUACAGAAACAAUGAAACUAGUCGACUCUCCUAUUAUUGAAGGGACUGUUGGAUUACGACAAUCUACAGUCCUAUCAAAAGAUUCUUCAACGAUCACAGACACUAUUAUUAACACAAUCAAUGGCUAUGACUUCGAGCUGCGAGCAAUUAACAAGAAGAUUUUCGAUAACCCUGAGUUAGGUUACAAAGAAUUCCAAGCCCAUAAUAACAUCGUCGCCCUUCUCCACUCUCUCGGAUUCGAAGUGACUCCCCACGCCUUCGGGGUCGCCACCUCAUUUUCCUGUGAAGUCGGUACCGGCGGACGAGUCGUAGUUUACAACGCCGAAUACGACGCUCUGCCGGGCAUCGGACACGCCUGCGGUCACAACCUUAUUGCCACAUCUUCAAUCGCCUCAUUCCUCGGUCUCGCAGCCGCCCUGAAAGCCUCCAAUCUCCCGGGACGCGUUCGCUUAUACGGCACCCCUGCUGAAGAAGGUGGGGGAGGCAAGCUGAAGCUUAUCGACGCCGGCGCUUAUAAGGAUGUCGAUGCUUGCCUCAUGGUGCACCCCGGCCCUCCACGCCCUGCGCCAAAGAGCCAUGACGGCCAUGGCUGCUGCGUGCCUACUGGACUGUCAUACGGGACGUCCCUAGCGAACAAGAAAUUCAAUGUUACUUACACGGGACGCCCUGCGCAUGCGGCGAUGGCGCCGUAUCAGGGACGAAAUGCUCUAGAUGCGGUGGUGCUGUCUUAUAAUGGAGUUAGCAUGCUUAGACAGCAGACGAGGCCAUAUGAUAGGAUACAUUCUGUUAUUUUGGAUGGGGGCAAAGUGCCGAAUGUUAUCACAAGUUUUACAAAGUCUGAGUAUUAUGUGCGGAGUGCGACGCUGAAAGAGGCUACCGCGUUAGAGAAAAGGGUUAAGGCGUGCCUAGACGGGGCGGCGACGGCGACGGGAUGUGAGAUUGAGUACGAGGUUGAAAACGAGUACGCCGACCUUCGGCCAAACCGCACGAUCUGCACUCUCUAUGCAGAAGCCAUGUCCCUACCAUCUAUCAACUCGCCCGUCACCUGCGACUUCUCCAACACCGAGCCUGGCCCAGGAUCCACUGACCAGGGAAAUGUCUCGUACGUCGUACCCUCCUUCCACGGCGGGUUUGCGAUUCCGUGCCCGCCGGGGGCGUACAAUCACACGCCGGGGUUCACCGCGUGUGCGGGUACGGACGAAGCGCAUGACUUGGCUGUUGUAACCAGUAAGGGGAUGGCGAUUGCCGGAUGGAAGGUGCUGAGUGAAGAAGCAGUCGCGGAGAAGAUAUGGGAGGACUUCGAGAAGGAUAGAAGGGAGGUGGAUGUUGAGCUUUAAUAGAGUUAAUUGCAUUUAUAACUUUAAAAUAUUCUAUCUUAGAAUUUAAAUAUCUUAAAGAGAAAAUAAAAUAGAAAAUAGAAAAUAGAAAAUAGAAAA